CUGUUACACUUCCCAGUUCACAAUAGCUCUCUUAACUCAACAAACUGGAAUGGUGCUAGUUUUACUCCUAGUGUGAACGCAGCAAAAUGGUCAUAAUCCAAGCGUUGUACUGAGUUCUGGACUUUAUAGCAUUUAAGCAAGUUGUGAUCGGAGGAUGAGAUGAUGCAUUUAAGGACAGUCUGCCAAACGCACCUCUUCGUAAAGACAGCAAAUGGUUAACAUGGGGGUCGGGACUCUCCCCCUCAACAUGACAUCACCGCUGGACAAAGCAGCAAGGAGUGGUUAGUGGAAAAGGAACCGUCCCAAAUCAAUGGAACAAAUUUAUAUAAAUCUGAACAAGCCCUUUGUUUAAAACAGACCGUUAUCUGGUCGCGAAAGGAAUACACACAGCAGCUCCUGAAGGCAGCAUCGACUGUGCUGGAUAGACAAAACCACAACUGGACUUUUUUUUAAAUACUUUUUUUCAUUGUGUUCGUCUUAACAUGUGUCACGUCUGAAGAGCCUGUUCUGCCGUCCAAAUCCACCCGGGGGAACGCCAUGCUGUCCGUGCUGCUGUCCGCCAUGCUGGCCGUCCACGCUUUUGCUCUAAUGGACGUGCACGUUCCCGACCAGCCAGUGGUGGCGCUGCACGGCAAGGAUGCCACCCUCAACUGCUCCUUCAAUGCUGCCGGCCCCUUCAACGAGUCCGAUCUGACGGUCUUCUGGCAGCUGACCGAAACGAAGCGCAGCGUGUACGGCUACAGCGAGGGACGCGAUCAGCUAGCCGACCAGUCCUACAACUUUGUCAACCGUACCAGCCUCUUCCCCGCUGAGCUGCGCCUGGGCAACGCUUCCCUGCUGCUGAGGAAGGUGGCGGUGGCCGAUGAAGGCAGCUACACCUGCUUUGUCAGGGUGCGGGACUACGGCAGCGCUGCUUUGAUUCUGCAGGUGGCCGCUCCUUACUCCAAGCCCGUAGUGACUUUGGAGUCAACAUCCAACCUUCGGCCGGGCGAUAAGUUGGCCCUAACCUGUGAUGCCUAUGGAGGCUACCCAGUAGCCGACGUGGUAUGGCAAGACGGGAGUGGCCGCAACCUGACGGACAACAUCACCACGGCGGUGGUGGCCAACGACCAAGGGCUGUUCUCUCUGACCAGCAUGUUGACGGUGGUGCUGGAGCCGAACAGCAACUACAGCUGCCGACUUGUCAACCCUUUGCUGGGGGAGGAGGGGAACACCUUUGUCACAAUCACAGGUCAAAACAUCUCCUUCCCGCCGGUGGCACUAUGGGUGACAGUCGGCCUGGCUGUGUGCCUCCUGGUCCUGCUCGUCGCGCUGGCCGCCGUCUGCCGCAGGAAGAUCAAGGAGAGCUGCGAGGAAGCCAGGAGAGAAGCUGAAGAGGCCAAGGAGCUGGAAGAAGACGAGUCAAAGACAGCCAUGACACCUCUGAAGAGCUAAGGCCAAGAGACAGAGGGAGUCGCAGCUGGACGGCCAAGGUUGGAGAUGAGUCUGGCGGCUAAAUCCCACACCUCCGCCUACGGAAUCCAUCAACCUGGCUGACUAUUUCCGGCGUCCUCGGCGGACUGUCAAGGCGGUCGCCUGAGCCAGAGAUGAGUCCAUCAUCGUCUUUCCGAGGCGCUCCCUCGAGUGUCCGUCAAAACACAUCAUGCGCCAUUAUGUACUCUAUUGCCCUUCCGUCCUUUUUUUGUCCGUCUCUACGGAAGACACGGAGUGGGAAUGUGUUCCAGUAGGUCCUAUUCAACGUGCAAUGCAAAUGAGGAGACAACUCCUUUUUGAUAUGCCAGAGAUUUUUUGAAGAGAAACCCUUUGCUCAUUUCACCGUCAUCAUUGCCGCGAGACACGAGCCGCUGUUCGCCAUUAGUCCCGCACUUGCUAAUUAGCUUCUGUCGCCCGGGUAACUGGUAUCUGUCAGUGUCUGCUCCCCUGCUAUCUUGUGGAAACCGGAGGCGAUUGUAAUUGAAUGCCAGCUUAGCGCCGGCAAACGGUGCACGGGACACACCACCCGACUGCCUUAUACGCGUUGUUUUUGAUGGCGGCUUGUUCACAAGCGCUUGGUCUCCUCAGCAUUAACCAGCACAGAGGAGGUUUUAUUAUUGCUUUACAGGUACCGAAAGGUCCACGUACGAACGCCAAAGACGGUGCAGACUUUGCAUUAAAGGGACAAAAUUAAGCCACUUUGUCAUUUGUUUCUGUGUACUCUAAUCCCUACUAAUGCACCAAUACUAUGGUUAGUGUCACACUGUUUUGGUGACGAACCCCAAGAUGCGGAGAAGGCAGGCUUGGUACAGGAAAACAUGAUUUAAUGUCCAUAAAAAUGAGGCAAAACACAAACCAGGAAACAGGCACAGGCAAACUGGAGACAGGGAACAGGAACGAGUAAACAGGAACUAGGAAUAACUAACAGCUAACUGGAUAUAGUAGUGAUGGGUCCAGCAACACCGAUGCAUCGGCGCAUGCAUCGAGCUCAUAGAGCAGGGGUGUCCAAACUUUUUCCACUGAGGGCCGCACACUGAAAAAUCAAAGCAAGCGGGGGCCAUUUGGAUAUUUUUUUAUUUUAAAAAACAAUCUAAUAUAUGUAUAAAAAAUAUACAUUUAGGCCUCCACUCAGGCUUGAUCCCAGGGACCCCAAAGGGUUUUGGUAAAAAAAAUAUUAAAAUUGUGUCAUUAUUCAGUAUUAUUAUUUUUAUUAUUCAAGUUUUAAAUCCCUAGAUCAACAUUAGGUCUAUCUGUCAAUAUAACGUUUUUAAAGAUAUAAGUCGUAUGCUCUUUUUGUCAAAGAAAACCCAGUUUUUUUAUGAAAAAAACACAAAAUAUGCAAUAUUUUCACCCAAUAAAAUUUUUAAGUGGAAUAUUUCAGAUUAUAUAAUAAUUGGAGCCUUAAAAAGGUCAAUAACUCAUAACACCAUUGAUUUUAAUUCAUUAUUAUUUUUUGAGCGAUGACACUUAAAAACAAAUCACAUAAAAAUUAUUGGGGAACCAAAAGGGUCCUACUCAUUAAAGUGUUAAAAAAUUAAUUAUACAUUUUUUUUACUGUUUACUUUUAACACAAUAAUCUCGAGAUCAACUUCAGAUCUAUCCGUAAAUUAUACGUUGUAUUGUUGUUUAUGUUUUUUGUUUGUUCGUUUUAGGCCCUUCUUUAAAAAAAAAAACAGCUAAAUUCUUUAUAUGGCAAACAAAAUAUGCAACAUUUUCCCAAAAAAAUAUCUCAAAGUGCAAUUUUUAAUGUGACGUAAUUGGAGCCUCGGAUAGGUCAAUAAUUCAUAAUAACAUUGAUUUUGAUUCAUUAUUAUUUUUUAAGGAAAGAAACAGCCUGCAUGGCAGCUUUGUGUUAUUAGAGUAAACAUUGCAACAUGUUGUUACAUUUCACCUGUUUGGUCUUUCAUACCACUUUUUAUGUUUUUAAUUUUUUUAAUAUUAUUUUAAAAUGGGUCGUUAAAAAAUGACCUGCCCGCAAAUGGCCCCCGGGCCGCACUUUGGACAUCCCUGUCAUAGAGCAAAACCCUGUAUCGGUGCGCGUACUGCUUUUAGAAAGUCACGUGACCGAUCAUGAGCUGUUUCGGUCACGUGACCGAUACGCGAACUGUGUCACACUGACCCCUCCUCUGUGCCCUGUGAGUGGGUCUUUUCUACAGCCGGAGAAAUAAUAACUAAGAAGUGAAAUCGUCUAAAAUUUAAUACGUUGGAAAAACUUUUUUUUUUAAAUAAAAAUGUGUAAAAAAUUUAAAAAAAAAUACAAACAUUCCCAGUCCACAAGCAUCCUCAUUCACAACACGUUCUCUUAGAUUUCCAUGUUAUGACACAUGUUUACAUUAUUUAUUGGCUAUAUCUAAAAAAGAUUAAAAUAUAUUUUCAUUUAAAUGAAGAUAUGAAAUAAUCCUAAAUGAAAUACAAUGACUUGGUUUAUAUUAUUGUAUAUACUAGGUCAUAAAAUCAGUGUCAGUUGAGGUGAUCCAUAGGUUGCCUGUAGGGAUUUUUAAUGUCCAGCAGAAUCGACACAGUAUCAAUACAGUUUUGCAAUGUGUCGAAACGCUUUAUGACGCCUCAUCAACCCGUCACUAGGAUAUAGCUAACAGAAAAACAAGAAGUUAGGAGCCAGCAAACUAAAUAGCUAUAGGAACUAUUAAACAGGAACAGCUUACCGCAAUCAAAGACAUCGACAAGUAUCAGCUCGGACGACAAUACUCCAGCCCUGACUGGAGUGCAAAGCAGGUUCAAAUAGCAGCUGGCUGAUUGACACCAGGUUUGGCCAGGUGCCAAUCAGCCACAGCUGAGUGGACACAGCACUCAGAGAGACAAACAGGAAACUGAACCAAAAUAAGAGUGCUGACAGGAAAUAAAACAAACACAGAGGAAAAACUAAAACUUAACCAAACUGUCAGGGACAAGCCUGACAGUUAGCAACUUGGGUACUUCAAUGGACUAGAAAUAGGAAUAGGCUUUUAUCGCCAUUGCACAUUAGCAACAACAACCUUGUGGGUGAUCCGCUAGCAGCAAAGCGCAUGUAAACGACAAUCCGUGUGAAUGCCGUUCGUGCAAGCCACGGAAACGCACGACUCAAAAUGAAAUGUCAACAUUUGUUAUGCGACAAGUACCAGGUGAUAUGACUGUGAGGCCUACGCAUACAAAAUUAGCUGGAAAAUGUAGCAUGCUAAUGUUAACAUGCUAACAGUUAGCAUGUGUCACGUACCAGGUGCGAUGACUGUAAGCUGUACGCCUGCAAAAAUGGCUAAAAAAAAAAGUUAGCAUCCCAAUGUUAGCAUUUGGCAAGUAUCAGGUUGUAUGACUAUGGAGUAAACGGUAUCAGAAUUGGCUAAAAAAUUCAGAAUGCUAAUUUAACAAUUUAGUUUAAUGGUAGUUUAAUAACAGUUAGCAAUUGUCAUGUACCAAAUAAUAUGACUCUAAGGCAGAGGUCCCCAAACUUUUUGACUCGGGGUACGCAUUGGGUUAAAACAAUUUGGCCGGGGGCCGGUGUAUGUAUAUAUAUAUACACAUAUAUGUGUGUAUAUAUGUAUAUAUAUAUAUAUAUAUAUAUAUAUAUAUAUAUACACACUACCGUUCAAAAGUUUGGGGUCACCCAAACAAUUUUGUGGAAUAGCCUUCAUUUCUAAGAACAAGAAUAGACUGUCAAGUUACGUGCGCGUAGCAUCGAAUGGGCAAUUGAGAGGUCUCUUUGCAACUUGGACUGGAACAAAGAACUUUGCCCAAAACUCUCCAAGAAGGACCCGAUUCGACGAAGCGAGAGACCUCGCUCCAUUCCGAUCUCCCCCUGUGACCAAACGAGAGGACCCGGACCUCCUGUCCUACCAGAGGAACCAGGGUGUUGGCCCCGCGGGCCCCCAAGGCUCGCACAGGACCGACUCCACUGCUCCUGCUGGCCUCCCUCUCCGGCCGGCACAGCAGAAGCCCGACGACGGAUCACUCGGCCGGGUGACACGUCAGGGUUUGCCCAAAUUCAAGAGACUCUUUUCGGCCACUUUCGACCUAACCCCGGCCCCCCUCCAGGGGACCCACCACAAAGGACCUCUCAAAGUAAGACCCAAUUCGAACUUUCAUUUGAACUGAAUUAGACACCCUUUGAUGAUUUAUUUGUUACUUUUUAUAUCUUGUUAUAUUUCAACUUCUCAUGAUUUUUGUGAAAUGAUUCAUUAACGCUGUGCAACGCUUGUGCCAUUGAACCCGCAUUAAGGGGCAUUAUAUCAAGAUUCAUGAAGA